AUGGCGUCGCUCAACGCCGCCAAGCGGCAUCUCAGGGCUGCCAUGAAAGUCAAGCUCCAGGCCGUGUCCCAGGACUCCGUAGUGUCACAGAGCUCAACGGUCUACAGCACUCUCAAAACCGUCAAGGGCUAUGUGGGCGCGAAGCGCAUCAGCGUCUUCCUCUCAAUGCCUACCGGCGAGAUCCAGACGGACGCCAUCGUGAGGGACGCCCUUGCAGCCGGCAAGGAGGUCUUCAUUCCCUACCUCCACAAGAAUCCAGUCGAAGGCCCCGGUCUGCCCGCACGCGUCAUGGACAUGGUCCGCCUGAGAGACCUAGCCGACUACGAGUCGCUGCAGCCGGAUAAGUGGGGUAUUCCGAGCGUCGAUCCGGCCACCGUGCCCGCGAGGCAACGCGUAUUCGGCGGCGCUGAUGCUCCGCACUCGGAUAGCACGCUGCUGGAUCUCGUCCUGAUGCCCGGCGUCGCCUUCGACACUGACCCUGCAAACGGCGCCGUCAGGCGGCUCGGACACGGCAAGGGCUUCUAUGACUACUUUCUCUUUCGGCACAGGCUAAAGGCGGGCUCGCUUGGAAAGCAGGAGUCUCCUGUAUUGCUUCUUGGCUUAGCCCUGUCUGAGCAGUUCCUAUCUCCAUCCGAGGGGGCGGUACCUGUUGGUCCCCUAGAUCAACCUCUGGACGGCCUCAUCCUCGGGGACGGCACGGUCAGGGGCCCGCUCGCCCCUGCAAACACAACAGACUAA